GUGCUCAUUGCCUUCGGGGAGCCCAGAGGAGCCAUGGCUGAGGAGCAGCGGGACCUCAUCUCUGACCGCGGCAGCGGUGUGCUCAGUGUUGGGGACACCCAGAGGUCUGGACUGAAGCGCAAAGCCGUCUUCUCCACGCUCUCCAUCCUGGUGGCCCUGCUCAUCGCCGGCCAGGCUGUCACCAUCUACUUCGUCUACCAGCAGAGCGGGCAGAUCAGCAAGCUGACCAAGACCUCCCAGAAACUGCAGCUGGACGCUCUGCAGACGAAGCUGUCUGCCACAGGCGCCAAGCCAGUGAAUAAGAUGAAGAUGGCCAAGGCAAACACGCCUCUGAUCAUGAGUGUCCUGCAUCCUGCACCCUUUGAAGACUUUCCGGUCAUGGGCCCUGCUAGCAACAAAACCGAGGACCAAGUGAAGCACCUGCUGCUGCAAGCAGACCCCAGCAAGAUGUUCCCAGAGCUGAAGGAUAACCUGAUGGACAACUUGAAGCGCCUGAGGAGCACCAUGACUCAUGCGGACUGGAAGUCCUUCGAGUCCUGGAUGCACAAGUGGCUGCUUUUUGAGAUGGCCAAGAACCCCAACUCAGAGGACCGCAAGGCAAUCCCAGCAGAGAAAGUGCUAACUAAGUGCCAAGCAGAGGCCACUUUUGGGAAUGAUCAGCUGGGCCGCUUCCGCCCACAGUGCGAUGAGAACGGCGACUACCUGCCCAAGCAGUGCCAUUUCUCCACCGGCUUCUGCUGGUGCUGCUACAAAAACGGCACUAAGAUUGAGGGCACUGAGACUCGGGGAAAGCUGGAUUGCCCCGGCACUGCUGCUCCCAGUGCUGCUGCUGCCACUGCAGAUCCGGAGGAGAUGAUCUUUUCCGGGGUGGACAUGCUUAAACUGAGUGCAGGCAAAACUGAGUAGAAGAGGAUGACAGCAGUCGCCUUCAGCAUCCCUGCCCCUCCAGCUCCUGCCUUAUUUUCUAUUUCUUUUCUGCUCUUACAUUGCUUUUCCAAGGCAGUUAACAGUGGGCAUCCCUGGGCACCCUUCCCCUGCUGCAGAGCAUCAGCCAGGACUGAGCUGCCACCACCAUCAAAGAAUCCUCUCAGAGGAUGGGUAGAGCAGGCUGGGAAAUUAUUUCAACAACAUAUCCAUAAAUCCUGUUCUCUUUGGCUCGACCUCCAACAGCACCCAGGCAGCAGUGCAGCUCACUCCUGCUGAAGAAUUUAAGCUUCCUUACACUGAAUGAACAUUAAAAGCAGCAAAAUAACCCCCACCAGCUUCUUAACUGAUCCCCUGUAGGCUGGAGCCCUGUUAGAUUACUGGAGUAAUGGGUUUUUAUUGUGGAGUGCUCAGAUUUGUACAUAAAGAUUCGCCUACAGCCUCAGCAGUGGGUAGCCAUGGGCAGAGGGGCUUCUAAUUUUCCUGAAUAUAUCUGAUUGUUCCUUUAUAAACAAUCUCACAAGCUAAUAAUCUCAAUAAACUUUUGAUUAAAAAAGCCUUGUAAGCAACUCCA